AUGAUCAGCUGGCAACACCCCCCGUCGGGUUGGAUAGCAGUUAACACGGAUGGUUCGGUGAUCCCGGCUCUGGGUAUAGCUACGGCUGGCGGAGUUAUAAGAAAUAACGAGGGAAGAUUUUUGCAGGCUUUCUCUGUCAACUUGGGCGGCGGUUCGAUCAUGCACGCCGAGCUAGCUGGAAUUGCCCAAGGCCUGCGAAGUGCAUGGGAGUCAGGAGCGCGUAAGGUUAAGCUGCAGACCGACUCGGCGGCAGCUAUAUCUCUUCUACAGUCAGAUCAGGUAAAUCACCCCCACUACACGAUGACGGCGGCUAUUCGAAAUCUGUUGGCAAGAGACUGGGAGGUCAGUAUUGAUCAUGUAUUCAGGGAGGGGAAUUAUGCUGCUGAUUAUAUGGCGUCUGUUAGCCAUGAUCUUCCGGUUGGUAUUCAUUUGUUCGAUGUGCCGGACCCUCGGCUGAGCUACUGGCUGAUGUAUGACCUUGUUGGGGUUCAGAUGCCCCGUUCGAUUAAUAUAUAA